AUGACGAAGCCAAUUGUGAAGUCAUCUGUGCCGACGCAGGAUCAGGUCCUCGUCCCGGAGACCUUGUUGAAGAAGAGAAAGAGCCAGGAGAAGGCGAGAGAGCAGCGUGCUGCGACACUUGAGAAGCGAAAGAAGGCCAACAAGGAGAAGCGUGGUGUCAUCUUCAAGCGCGCUGAGACAUACGUCAAGGAGUAUCGUGAUGCCGAACGCGAGAAGAUCAGACUCGCGCGCCUGAGCAGACAACAGGGUAACUUUUUCGUCGAUGAGCAACCCAAGCUAGUUUUCGUUGUCAGAAUCAAGGGUAUCAACAAGAUUGCUCCCAAGCCUCGCAAAAUCCUCCAACUCCUUCGCCUCCUCCAGAUCAACAAUGGCGUUUUCAUCAGAUUGACCAAGGCCACUCAAGAGAUGCUUACCAUCGUCAAUCCCUAUAUUGCCUAUGGCUAUCCCAACCUCAAGACUGUCCGCGAACUCAUCUACAAGCGUGGAUACGGCAAGAUCGACAAGCAGCGCAUUGCUCUCACUGACAACCAACUUAUCGAGGACAACUUGGGCAAGUACGGCAUCGUGUGCAUGGAGGAUUUGAUCCACGAGAUCUUCACUGUCGGACCAAACUUCAAGCAGGCCAGCAACUUCUUGUGGCCCUUCAAGCUGUCCAACCCCAAUGGUGGUUUCCGUGCCAGGAAGUUCAAGCAUUACAUCGAGGGUGGUGAUCUCGGUAACCGAGAAGAGGCUAUCAACGCUCUCAUCAAGCAGAUGAACUGA